CGACGGUGCUCGCGCUGAUGAUAUCCUGACGCCCCUGUAACGCUCAACUCUUGCUUCCCACCACCAUCUCACUACCCCAUGUCUCUUGCAAAGGUCCCCUUCAUCCUCUCCGUUAUAUGGGGGAUUAACCGCACGAUGACGCCGCCGACACCUCCCCCGUCGGCGAAUGCACGCCAUGAGGUGACUGGGAACUUCGUCGAACGGAAUCUCAUCCCUCACCUGAAGAUCCUGCGGAAUGCAUUUUGGAUAUCUGGACUCAUCGAAGCCAUCACCAUACUUGCGGGGAACUUUCCUGAUGCACCAUACGCCGACUGGAUCCUCCGCACCUUCCUCCCGGAUGGAGGCCUUCAAAGCCUCAGAAUCUCGACCCCCUUCCUCAUAGGCUGGGCCAUGAACCUCGCCGGCACCCUCGUGCGAAUCCACUGCUAUCGCAAGCUCGACCGCGCCUUCACCUUCGAGCUCGCCGUGCAUGAAGAGCAGAAGCUCGUUACGGACGGUGUAUACAGUAUCGUACGCCACCCCAGCUACACCGGCGGUCUCGCCGCGGGCAUGGGCUGCUUCAUGGCGCAGCUCUCCCCUGGCUGCUGGCUGCAUGAGUACAGCGGCCUGGUGCCCACCUCGCCUCUCGGCACGACGCUGUUCUGGCUGGCCCUGGUGAUCCCGGGAUUGUAUGGCUUUGCUAGUCGAAUCAAGACGGAGGACGCGAUGUUGAAGAAGAAUUUUGGCAAGCAGUGGGAGGAGUGGGCGAGGCGAGUUCCGUACAAGCUUAUUCCAGGUGUGCUAUGAGGUCUGUGUAAUUGAGUUUCUCGGGUCAUAGUCCGUGUACUCAUCUGCAACGAUCUGAAUGCUUCGGUCGCAGGAGGCUA